CGUCUGCGUGCGUGCGUGUGCAGGCAGGCAGGCGGCUGGCCUCCGUCCGCGCAUCCUCUUCUGGCGAGGAGCUCCCCCACGCAGCCGCUGCUCUCUCCACGUCCUCUGUUCCUUCCCCUCCCCGAUCUCCCCCAAUCCGACCAAACCGGCAGAGCCGGGGGGCGGCGAUGGCGCUGCGACGGGCGCUCCUCAGAUCGGCAGAGAUCUCUUUCGAACGCAAGGCUGCAAUUGAGUACAUUCAUUCUUUAUCAAGGGCACAGCCUGCUCGUUCUCUCAAUGGUGCUGGCCUUUGUCCUGCUAGUAGAUCACUUAGCACCCAGGCCGCCACUACGUCAAGCACACCACAACCUCCGCCUCCCCCACCCCCUCCAGAGAAGACUCACUUUGGUGGCCUCAAAGACGAGGAUCGCAUUUUCACCAACCUCUAUGGUCUGCAUGACCCUUUUCUGAAAGGCGCGAUGAAGAGAGGUGACUGGUAUAGGACCAAGGAUUUGGUGAUCAAGGGGGCAGACUGGAUAGUUAAUGAAAUGAAGAAAUCAGGUCUUCGGGGUCGUGGAGGUGCAGGUUUUCCUUCUGGUCUCAAAUGGUCCUUUAUGCCCAAGGUUUCAGAUGGACGCCCUUCUUAUCUUGUCGUUAAUGCUGAUGAGAGUGAGCCUGGAACUUGCAAAGAUAGAGAAAUCAUGCGCCAUGACCCCCACAAGCUUCUGGAAGGAUGCCUUAUUGCUGGAGUUGGAAUGAGGGCAUCAGCUGCUUACAUCUACAUUAGAGGUGAAUACGUGAAUGAGCGUCUCAACCUUGAGAAAGCUCGGCAGGAAGCGUAUGCAGCUGGACUUCUGGGUAAGAAUGCUUGUGGCUCUGGUUAUGAUUUUGAUGUGCAUAUUCAUUUUGGUGCUGGUGCGUACAUCUGUGGUGAAGAGACCGCCCUACUAGAGAGCCUUGAAGGGAAGCAGGGCAAACCUAGGCUGAAGCCACCUUUCCCAGCCAAUGCUGGGCUCUACGGCUGCCCCACAACUGUGACUAAUGUAGAAACUGUGGCUGUAUCCCCAACAAUUCUUAGGCGCGGUCCAGAAUGGUUUGCAAGCUUUGGGCGCAAGAACAACUCUGGAACCAAGCUCUAUUGCAUCUCAGGGCAUGUGAACAAACCUUGCACCGUGGAAGAGGAAAUGAGCAUACCUCUGAAGGAGUUGCUCGAGAGGCACUGUGGAGGUGUGAGAGGGGGAUGGGACAACCUGCUUGCGGUAAUUCCUGGCGGUUCAUCUGUUCCCCUUUUGCCAAAGCACAUAUGUGAUGAUGUGUUGAUGGACUAUGAUGCACUGAAGGCUGUGCAAUCUGGAUUGGGUACCGCAGCUGUUAUCGUGAUGGACAAAUCUACGGAUGUCGUUGACGCGAUUGCUAGGCUGUCCUACUUCUACAAGCAUGAGAGUUGUGGGCAGUGCACGCCUUGCCGAGAGGGGACACCCUGGCUCUGGAUGAUCAUGGAGAGGCUCAAGGUUGGUGACGCGAAGCUGGAGGAAAUUGACAUGCUUCAUGAGGUCACGAAGCAAAUCGAAGGGCAUACUAUCUGUGCGCUUGGGGAUGCUGCGGCAUGGCCUGUGCAGGGGCUUAUCAGGCACUUCAGGCCAGAGUUGGAGCGGAGGAUCCGCGAGCGAGCUGAAAGGGAGCUGUUGGCGGCUUCUGCAUAAUGUGUCAGCCAUGUUGCCCCUGUACUAGUUUCCUGAUUUCUUCCUACCGAAAUAAUACAAACUGAUGGAGCUCCUUUCUGUGUAAGGAAAUGUAGCCUUCCUGGUUUCUUUAAACCAUCAUUUAUUUGAUGCACUCAAGCAGCUGGUGAAUUUUGAUGGACUAGAUAAACUUUCCAAAGUAGAAACAAACUCGAGGGUUGUACCGUGUAUGCUACAUAAUAUUAUUGUGGAUGUGUAUGUCU